UGCCUGUGGAAGAGGGAAGGCAGGCGACUGGAUAGGGUCUGGCUCGGGAGGCCGGCAGAGCAGCAGCUGCAGAAGCAGGCAGCAGCAGAGAGGGCAUGGUGUCGGGAGGCGCCGAGAAGGAGGCGCAGUCCGUCCCUCCCAGGGUUAGUGAAUGAGGCUCUCCGCCCGGGCUAGCCCGGGGACUGUGCGCUGCGGGUCCCAGAAUGAGUGUGGGCCCCGGCUGUGAGCCCUGCACCAAGCGACCCCGCUGGGGCGCCGCUGCAACUUCUCCGCCGGCCGCCUCGGACGCCCGGAGCUUCCCCGGCAGGCAGAGGCGCGUCCUCGAUCCCAAGGACGCUCCGGUGCAGUUAAGGGUCCCGCCGUCCUCGUCAGGCUGCGUCCCGGGGCGGGCGGGACCGCACAGAGGCAGCGCCACCUCGCUUGUUUUCAAACAGAAGACUAUUACCAGUUGGAUGGACACGAAAGGACUCAAGACAGCUGAAUCAGAAAGUUUGCAUAGUAAAGAAAACAACAAUACAAGAGAAGAAUCCAUGAUGAGUUCUGUACAGAAAGAUAACUUUUAUCAACAUAACAUGGAAAAAUUAGAAAAUGUUUCUCAGCUAGGUUUUGAUAAAUCACCAGUUGAAAAAAGUACACAAUAUUUGAACCAGCAUCAGACUGCAGCUAUCUGUAAGUGGCAAAAGGAAGGGAAACAUUCAGAGCGGCUUUUGGAAAGUGAACCUCCAAUAGUAACUCUGGUACCAGAGCAGUUCAGUAAUGCUAACAUUGAUCAGUCACCCCACAAUGAUGAUCACAGCGACACAAAUAGUGAGGAGAGUAGAGAUAAUCAACAAUUUUUGACACCUAUAAAGCUUGCGAAUGCAAAACAGACAACAGAAGAUAAACAGGGUGUAGAAGCCAGAAGCCACCAGAAGUGCAGCAAGGCUUGCCAUCCCGCCAAAGACUGUGCAGGGUGUCAGCAGGAAGAGACAGACGUGGUGCCAGAGAGCCCCUUGUCAGAUAUCGGUUCUGAGGAUGUUGGUACUGGACUGAAAAAUGCCAACAAACUGAGUAGACAAGAAAGUAGCCUAGGAAAUUCUCCUGCAUUUGAGAAAGAAAGUGAACCCGAGUCACCAAUGGAUGUAGAUAAUUCCAAAAAUAGUUGUCAGGACUCAGAAGCAGAUGAAGAGACAAGUCCAGGUUUUGAUGAACAGGAAGAUAGUUCUGCCCAAACAGCAAAUAAACCUUCAAAGUUCCAAGUAAGAGAAGCUGACACUGAAUUGAGGAAACGUUCCUCUGCUAAGGGAGGUGAGAUUCGAUUACAUUUCCAGUUUGAAGGAGAGAGUCGCGCUGGAAUGAAUGAUUUAAAUGUCAAACUACCUGGAAGUACUUCUAGCCUGAAUGUAGAGUGCAGAAAUUCUAAGCAACAUGGGAAAAAGGAUUCUAAAAUCACAGAUCAUUUCAUGAGAUUGCCGAAAGGAGAAGAUAAAAGAAAAGAACAAUGUGAAAUCAAACAUCAAAGAACAGAAAGGAAGAUCCCUAAAUACAUUCCACCUCACCUUUCUCCAGAUAAGAAAUGGCUUGGAACUCCUAUUGAGGAGAUGAGAAGAAUGCCAAGGUGUGGGAUCCGGCUGCCUCCGUUGAGACCAUCUGCCAAUCACACAGUGACUAUUCGGGUAGAUCUUUUGCGAGCAGGAGAAGUUCCUAAACCUUUCCCAACACAUUUUAAAGAUUUGUGGGACAACAAGCAUGUUAAGAUGCCUUGUUCAGAGCAAAACUUGUACCCGGUGGAAGAUGAGAAUGGUGAGCGAACUGCAGGGAGCCGGUGGGAGCUCAUUCAGACUGCACUUCUUAACAAAUUCAGUCGACCCCAAAACCUGAAGGAUGCUAUUCUGAAAUACAAUGUGGCAUAUUCUAAGAAAUGGGACUUUACAGCUUUGGUUGAUUUCUGGGAUAAGGUACUAGAAGAAGCAGAAGCUCAACACUUAUAUCAGUCCAUUUUGCCUGAUAUGGUGAAAAUUGCACUCUGUCUGCCAAAUAUUUGCACCCAGCCAAUACCGCUCCUGAAACAGAAGAUAAAUCAUUCCAUCACAAUGUCACAGGAACAGAUUGCUAGUCUUUUAGCUAAUGCUUUCUUCUGCACGUUUCCACGGCGCAAUGCUAAGAUGAAAUCGGAGUAUUCUAGUUAUCCAGAUAUUAACUUCAAUCGGUUGUUUGAAGGACGUUCAUCAAGGAAACCAGAGAAGCUUAAAACACUCUUCUGCUACUUUAGAAGAGUCACAGAAAAAAAACCUACUGGGUUGGUGACAUUUACAAGACAGAGUCUUGAAGAUUUUCCAGAGUGGGAAAGAUGUGAGAAACUCCUGACUCGAUUGCAUGUCACUUACGAAGGUACCAUAGAAGGAAAUGGUCAAGGCAUGCUACAGGUGGAUUUUGCAAACCGUUUUGUUGGAGGUGGUGUAACCAGUGCAGGACUUGUGCAAGAAGAAAUCCGCUUUUUAAUCAACCCUGAGUUGAUUGUUUCACGGCUCUUCACCGAGGUGCUGGAUCACAAUGAAUGUCUUAUCAUCACAGGUACUGAACAGUACAGUGAAUACACAGGCUAUGCCGAAACAUACCGUUGGGCCCGGAGCCACGAAGAUAGGAGUGAAAGGGAUGACUGGCAGCGGCGCGGCACUGAAAUCGUUGCCAUCGAUGCCCUUCACUUCAGACGCUACCUCGACCAGUUUGUGCCUGAGAAAAUCAGACGCGAGCUUAACAAGGCUUACUGUGGAUUUCUUCGUCCUGGAGUUUCUUCAGAGAAUCUUUCUGCAGUGGCCACAGGAAACUGGGGCUGUGGUGCCUUUGGGGGCGAUGCUAGAUUAAAAGCCUUAAUACAGAUACUGGCAGCUGCUGUAGCUGAGCGAGAUGUGGUUUAUUUCACCUUUGGGGACUCAGAAUUGAUGAGAGACAUUUACAGUAUGCACACGUUCCUUACUGAAAGGAAACUGACUGUUGGAGAAGUAUAUAAGCUGUUGCUACGAUAUUACAAUGAAGAAUGUAGAAACUGUUCCACCCCUGGACCAGACAUCAAGCUUUAUCCAUUCAUAUACCAUGCUGUUGAGUCUUGUGCGGAGACCACCAACCAGCCAGGACAAAGGACUGGGGCCUGAGGAUCCAAGUGAAUAGAAUCUCCUUCCACCUCUCAUGAGAAACAUCCUUUCUGAAUUGUCAGGUGUAACAUAUGAACUGACAAUAUAAAUGUGUAUAUAAUCCACAUUUGUAGGCAAGGAUGCAGUCCCUUCCACAAACAUAGACUCAGACAUAUUGUUUCCAUUUGUUUCUAUUUCAGUCUUCAUUCUUUGAUUUUUUUCUUUCUUUUGCC